UGACGUCACACACACGUGUUCUCUCUCCACCCCCCCAGGCUCUCACACACGUGUCAUUGCGUGUCAUUGCGUGUUGUCCCAUGGCCCCAGCUGCAGAGCCCCCCUCGGACCAGGAUCGCUUCAGCUAUGACUAUGAGUCCCUGCGCGUCGGGGGCCUCAUCUUCGCCGGCGUCCUCUUCCUCCUGGGCAUCCUCCUCAUCCUCAGCCGCCGCUGCCGCUGCAAGUUCGACCAACAGCCAAAGACGGGAGAGCCCGAUGAGGAUGAGGGGCCGCUACGUCAGAGCAUCCGCCGUUUGUCCACAAGGAUGAGAUGAAGAGGGUGAGAAUGGGGGGAUCUA